UGGUUCAGCCAAGGUACAAUAUUGCAGGAACGUACGAGACUUGCAUUGUUUACAAAUGGCUGACAAGAGGAAACCAAAUUCUGCAGAUGAUAGACCACAAGAAUCAGAUAGACAGUUUCUAGAAAGGAGUAAUGUAGGUACAUGCAUGAAAGAUGUCUUGGGAAAGAUCAUCGCUAACAGACCAGAGGACCCUAUAGCAUUCAUGGCUGACUACUUUGACUCAUUAGAAGAACAGACUAGCUUAGUUGCUAGAGCACGACAGUUGAUAAUAAUGACGCACCACAGUCGACCAGUGUUUGAUAUUAAUGUCAGAAUGGCAUAUGAGACAUUACAGAAGUCUAAAUGUAAUAAGAAGCUUCAUGGAGUAAAUGGUACCGUGUAUAAUGAACUCAUCAGAGCCUUAUGUAGAGAUUUUCCAACUUUAGUGAUGAACAGACUGUUAAGAAAGAUAGAAUGUUUAGAUUUUGAGGCUGUAACAUAUGAUGUGUUUAAAUCUGGUGUGUUCACAUGUUGUGUGUUAGAAGAUUAUCUGAAACUUGUAGAAUAUUUAUUUAAUUCAUUGGACUUUACCAAGACAGGGAAAUGUGAUAAAGCUGUAUGUGAUGCAGUAUUAGAACAAUUAAAGACAUCGUUAGCUAGUAAUAAAACAGAUGCCAGAAAAAUUGUUGAGUCUGGGUACAAUUUAGGACCAGAUGGAUUAUUCCAUGUGUUAGAUAAGGCCAUGAAAAGAGACACACACAUAUCUACAGCUUUCACGUUGGAAAUGUUUACAGCAGAAUGUUGUGAAGCAUUUAUUGCUAAGGUGAAAGAUGCCAGAGAUCAAAGAUCAGCAAUUAAGGUAAAGAAACUAAGAUGACAUUGCAAGACAAUAAAACAACCAUAUAAUGAACCAAGAAGUCUCUAAACAUUUGAAUAUUCAUAUUUAUUUGUUAUAGUUUAAAUGUGAUUUGCAUUUUUAUAAUAAAAACAUGUGAUUUAUAUA